AUAAAAAUCACGUGAUUUACGCGAGCGUUGUAAACAAAAAUGGCGCGGGCUGUGCGUGUUGCAAUUUCGCGCUGCACCUGAGGUUACGUUGGCGAUUCGUUUUUUUCCACAACGUAAGCACAACGUACCAUGACAAGCCUGAACAGGAGCGAUACGUCGGCCGCGAGGCGCUUCGAACUCCGGACGGGCGACUUGUGCAGCGUAGCGGGCCGAAUAAGCUCGGUGUUCGACUCGCUGAACGCGCUCGAGGCCGAACACCAGGCUCGGGAGCGCGCUCGUAAGGACGGCUCUUCAGGAUACGAGGAGUCGUACCUCAAGGAAGACCCGGACGUCGGUGACGACUUCGGAAACAGGCCAUCACCGACGUCAGACGGCGUCUUCAAGAGACCGUGGUCGGCGCCGUGCGGUCCGAGCAAGCGUUCUUGCCCGCGGGGCGCAUUUAGGUCGUCCGGUGCUGGUCGUUCCGGUUCUUCGGCCAGCACCACACCCGACUACAAAGUCCAUCCGGAGCGAUGGACGCGCUACACUUUGGACAGCGUCUCCGAAGACGACAUGUCCGAGGCGAGCAACACGACUGCCGCGUUGGACUACCUACACGAGAGGCGGCUUCAGAGGGAACGGGAGUCGCAGGACGACGAAGACCGCAUCGUGGCGGAGUCCGGCGGAGACGCGCCUGCAGUGGGUAGGCACGUGUUUCAGAAGCGCACCUGCGACGGCGACGCCGACAUGGACGACGCGACCGCUGAACCUUCGUCGUCGUCGCGUCGGAUCGGAACCGGCAAAUUGGUCAUGCCGGAAUGCGUCGUCGGGGUGAAGCCCUCCGUCGCGAAGAAGGCCUCCCCUGACGGAGCCGGUCGUCAGAGGAGCACGUCGUUACCGGCGGUGUCCUCUAGCUCGCUCAUAAGUUUCGACUGCGCAGACUUCGACGACGACCCUGACAAGCUGGUUGUUGACGAUGACGAGGAAGAAGCGGCUGAAGUUGCCUCCAGUGCUGCUUGGCGCGGUGCUGUCAAAAAGGGUCGCAAGCUACGUGCUAGAACCGAUGAAGAGGUUGACUGAUACAUGCAGAGUGAUCCUUUGUUUAAAGUUCCUUUGAUUCGAAAUUUCUACUAUGAUCUUGGUGCGAAUGGGAACAUUUUGGUAAAAACGGAGGGUGAGGGGUUCCACUAUUGAGGCGGCCAUUGCAUUGCCAUUACGUGUGAAUAUCUUUUGUCAUAUUAUCCAUGGACGCACACGCAUUUCUGACCGUAGGCUGGUGGAUGGCAGCAAAAAGCAAACACAUGACGAAGGAAAUCGGCAUCUUUCUUAAAGUUGGGAUUUCUCACUGUG